GCCGUUGCUCUUUGUACGUAGUUGGCCAAUGCUCGCAUACAACGUAAAAAACGCUGAACCCCGUAUUUACGUCGUCCACGUACGGUCAGCUUCCAGCAGGAAAUACAAACACACACCCAGAAGACUCUGCGGUUGACAAACAGCGAGGAGACACCGCCGCCGUCACGGGUUGGACAUUUUUUGUCCGUAACCAGCAGAAGCACGUCCAUUACAAGAAGCUAGCGGCAAAAACGAUGCGCAAGAUGCCCGGGCAAGUUGGUAACUUGAAAUCCAGAAAGAGGAAGAGGAGCUCCGAGACCAGGAUGACUAAAAAGAUUUCCACUUUAGAAAGGAAAUGUUCAAAAAGUCAGAGUGCGCAGUCAACGGCAGAUGGCAGUUCAACAGCGUGGUCCGGUAAAACGGCCGAUCCCGCCGAGAGGUUGUCUCGCAUUGCCUGCGAAUGUCACCAGUCGGCUGGCUGGAGGAAAUGUUCGGCUUCACCGGAGCCUGGAGGACAGGACGGCAAAGAGAACGAGCGGAGGACGGAGGAGGACUUCAACAGCUGCCCAGCAAACGACACCUGGGACAAGCCAGAAACGGAGAUCAUGGAUUGCGGGGAGAACUGUAAAAACCUGUUCCCAGACGAUGACAGUAACCAGAUCCUUCCUGUGGAGCAGUUCUUUGGAAACAUGGAAAUUGUACAGGACUUACCUCAAAGAUCAUCAGCGGCUCCUUCUGGCGAUCAAAGGAAGGACAGACGGCGACAUUACUACGCACGGGAGGACAGCAAUGAAGAAGCGGUGGGCUUCAGCGUCAUACAGCGAGAUGAAGAAAGCAGGCAGACAGCUCCAUGUUGAAACGGGAAGCCAAACGAUUAAAUCCAACAACAGCAAAAAGAAAAACUUCGCACUUAGGAAAAAACUGACCAAAAGAAACUACCCAUCAGAUCCAGCAUGUAGCUCUUCUCCUUUUGUUACAUUCUCAUCCGCGUCACAUGAGAGAUCAUCGAAGAUAUGGUGAGAAAGCGGAUGCUUGUUGUUAAAUUUGGAAGUGUACAAUUAUUUCCUGUCCUUAUCAUGAACCCUUGCUUUUUUUUUUUCUAAAAUCCAGCAAGGAUCCGUCCCACUCUAAGGCUGCUUUCACGCUGCAGGCACGUGCAGCCCAAAUCUGAUUUUUCUUUUCCCGACCGUCUGAACGUGACAAAUCAGAUUGUUUUCAAAUCCGACCCAGGCCUUUUGGUACUGAAUCUGACAGUGACUGCAGUCUGAAUGCUCCUGCCUCAUUUCGUCUGACCUUUACAUCUGUAAGGUGGAGGUGAGCGGAUCAAUCCUAGUAUUUAGAGUAUUGAUACCAACCUCGAGCAGUUUAAAUCUUGUAGCUCCACCUGUCUUCAGCUCCACAACAGAACCCAGUUGCUUCAUCUUUG